AUGUUGGUAGAAUUAUCUAGAUCCGUUGAUGAAAAUAAUUCGGAAAGAACAUUCGUCUUAACACCUCUCACCAGAGACUACAAAUUUAGAAGACACAUACGUUCAAUGUCGGAUGUCCAAAACAGUACUCCUUACAGAAUUCCUUACCGGUCUAAGAAAAACUUCUCACUUACCUACGACUCCGACACUAGGUCGAGGAGACUGCCCUACUGUCUACCAAUUGAGUCGUCAGAUUCUAGUGAUUUCUGCGAAUUACCAAAAAGAAGAAUAGAAUACGAGAUCUUAAAGCAUUCGGACUCAAUGCGCAUAUUAUAA